AUGGCGGCGAGGGGACUCGGGCUGCUCUACUCGGCCGCGAUUCCGGCGGUCGUGGGGUACAGUCUGCUACAGUCGUCGAUAUACGAUGUCAAGGGCGGCACGCGGGCCGUCAUCUUUGACAGGUUGUCGGGAGUCAAAGAUACGGUGACCAACGAGGGCACACACUUCCUUAUUCCGUGGUUGCAAAAGGCCAUCAUUUUCGACGUCCGCACCAAGCCGCGCAUUAUCCCAACCACAACGGGAAGCAAAGAUUUGCAGAUGGUCAGCCUGACAUUGCGUGUGCUGCACCGCCCGGAUGUGCAGGCGCUGCCCAAGAUCUACCAGUCCCUCGGCCAAGAUUAUGACGAGCGUGUCCUCCCCUCGAUCGGCAACGAAGUGCUCAAGUCCAUCGUGGCGCAGUUCGACGCGGCCGAGCUCAUCACGCAGCGUGAGGCGGUCUCGCAGCGGAUCCGGACGGACUUGAUGAAGCGGGCGAAGGAGUUCAACAUUGCGCUUGAGGACGUGAGUAUCACGCACAUGACGUUCGGCAAGGAGUUCACCAAGGCGGUCGAGCAGAAGCAGAUUGCGCAGCAAGAUGCCGAGCGCGCGCGGUUCAUCGUGGAGAAGGCCGAGCAGGAGCGCCAGGCCAACGUUAUCCGGGCCGAGGGCGAGGCCGAGAGCGCCGACACCAUCAGCAAGGCCAUCGCCAAAUCAGGAGAUGGCCUCAUUCAGAUCCGUAAGAUCGAGGCCAGCCGCGAGAUUGCGCAGACCCUUGCCAGCAACCCUAAUGUUGCCUACCUGCCAGGGAGCGGCAAGGGGACAAAUUUGUUGAUGAAUGUGGGAAGGCCAUAA